UCUAGCUUUCUUAAAACUUCUAGCUUUUCUUGAAACUACUUUUUCUGAUCCUAAGAGUAUUUUAGCUGUACAUAGUAAAAGACAUCUUAAGUUUAAUUAUGAUCAGAAAUCCAAAUUAUACAAGCUUUGUUUGCUGUGCUGUUUGUAAUAAAAUAAUCCCUCCAGCCCCUUUUGGGGAAGCCUUCAAACGGAUCCAUGAAUACAAGCCAUUUAAGACACGCUUUUACACUCACAAAGAUAUACUGGGUAUCGGGGCAGAUAUUCUGAAUAAAGAAGAGAAAUUUCAAGAGGCUAUACUCAAAGAACUUAUUGCAAAAGCAGAAGCUAAUGUAUGGGCUCAGGCUGACGAACGCCAAAAGCAAGCAGUGGAGGAAGCCCUUGAAGAAGUGAAUGACAAACACAAAAUUAAAAUUCAGAUUCUAGAAGAGGAACAUCAAAAAGAUUUACAGGAAAUGGCAGCUAAAACCAAGAUGGAGAUGCAUCAACACAUGGAAGAUGAACUGAAGAGAGAACACUUGGCUGCGGAACAACGCAUGGUCCACAGAAUCCAAAGGCUUAUGAUGGAGUGCCACAGGGAGAAGAUCCAGGCUGUGGAGAAGGCCAGGGCUGAAGAGAGGCGGAUGGCCCAGGAAGUAAUCCAGGACCAGAGAAGAAAGACCAUGGAGGAACUUGUGGACACUAGUAUGACUGGUAUUAAGGAUCAGAAGAAGAGUGUGAGCCACUUGAUAAAGGAAAAAGAACAAGAAAUGAAGAUCUACUAUUGCAUGGUUCAGAGGCAGAAGCAGGAGGAGGUUCAGGAAGUGCUUCAAGAAGCAGAGAAAACACAUCAGGCCUCGCUUGGAAAUGUGAUGGAUGAACUGGUUAACACUCAGGGGGAGCUGCUGUCCUUAGCGAAACAACUGGGAAUUAUGACAAAUUGGAAAGAUUUCCUGGAGGAAGAAUUACAGGAAACAAGGGUGGCAUUUCAAAAAUACAUCAAUUAUACAUUUCCUAAGCUUUCACCAGGACACGCAGAUUUUAUUCUGCCAGAAAGAAAGAAAACACCUUCCAAUCUUAUUAUUCAGGAAAACAAAACAACUCUUGAUUAGAAGAAGUCUUCAACUGAAAUUUCACUACAAAAGACAUUGUUCCAAAGACUAAAUAAAUGCACUCAAAAACC